GGUGUACACUGUGGGUCUGAGUGAAGGAGCUGGUUUCUCUAGGCUUUCAGUCUGCCCUGUCCAGGGAGUCACUGCUGGGCACCUCCCAGUCUCCAGAGCCGCAUCUCUUAGCAACAGGACGCAAACCUUACCAGAGCCUAGCCAGCAGGACUGCAGCAGACAAGCCAAGCAACAGGAGGCACCUAGCUCUUGUCUGGCUGUCUGGAGACCCACCAGGACUCAGCAUGGAUAGUGUGGACAGCACCAUGGCAAGACUGCGGGCAGCAUGUCUAUCCCGAGGGGCCUCGGGCAUCCAUGGCCUGGCCAGAUUUUUCCGACGUCUGGACCGGGAUGGGAACUUGUCUCUGGACCCAAAGGAGCUGCAGGGGGGCCUGGCCACGCUGGGGCUGGCAGUGGACCAUGAGGAGGCGGAUGCCAUAUGUCGGCGCUGGGACCGUGAUGGCAGUGGGACAUUGGACCUGGAGGAAUUUUUGCGGGCUCUGCGGCCUCCCAUGUCCCAGGCCCGGGAGGCAGUCAUUGCAGCAGCCUUUGCCAAACUGGACCGCAGUGGAGAUGGUGUGGUGACUGUGGAUGACCUCCGUGGGGUGUACAACGGCCGGGCCCACCCCAAGGUGCAGAGCGGGGAGUGGACUGAGGAUGAGGCCCUACAAUGCUUCCUGGACACCUUCGAUACCACGGACAAGGAUGGGCAGGUCACCCUGGCUGAAUUCCAGGACUACUAUAGUGGUCUCAGUGCCUCGAUGGACACUGAUACAGAGUUCGUGGACAUGAUGACCAGUGCCUGGCGCCUGUGAGCGGCUGACUUUGCCCAGGACUGCCGUAGCCAGUUCCUAUCUCUACCCACCAGAGCCAGGCUGUGUCAGCUCACAGGGCCCUGACAUGGGGAGGGAGGGUCAUGUGAGAAUAGAGUUGAAGAACCGCCUGGGCAGGUCUGGGACAAAGGCUGCCAGUCACUGGUGCAGGACCCCAAGGAGGGGCCUCAAGGCUACAACCAGGCCAGCCAAUGGGUCCUCCAUGAAGCUGGGAGGCAGCAGGCGGCCGUGGGAGAGCAGCAGGCUGGGGCUUUAGUUAAAAGUUUUAAUGUAGUUCCCAAAUACAUUUCAUAUGACAGUCUUACAUAAACGUUCCAAAACA